AUGUACCAGCACACCAACGUCAAGUUCUACGAGGCUCAGCUGCAUCCUUCACCCAAGGAGAGGGAUUCGCCCCCUCGCCCCCGCCGUGCCCCCAGCGCUCCCAUUACAUCAUGGCCCGAGCCCGCAGCAGCCACCGCAGCCCUGCAGCGCCCCGUGCCCUCUCCAGACCCGCAGAACACCACGCUCACCCCCCUAAAGAGAACCCCCAGCAUCUCAGCUGGUGUCGGAGGAGCGCGGGGACACGGCCGGGAAGAGGCUGCGAACCCCCCUCGCUGCGACACCCGUUUCCCCGCUCCCCCCGGGCCACACGCGGCCUCGCCGCCCUCCCUGCCCCCGGCACGGCCAGACGGUGCUCGGCGCCGCUUCCCCGCCCGUCCCGGCGGUGAACUCCGGUCACCGGCACCCAAGGACGAGCCGCCGGCCGGCAGUGACCUUGCCGGUGCCGGCGGGGGUGGGAGGUGGCCGGGGCGAGGGCAGGGCGGCGGGGAACCCCCCCCGCACCCCGCGGUGACGGGCGAGGAAAUGCGGGAGAAUCCGCGCUGCAGCCGCCGGCGCCGGGAGCGCCGAGUUACGGGGGAAAGGCGCCGCGCGGGCACCAUGAGAAAGCAGAAAAUGCAGGUCAAACGCCGCCUCCCCCGAGACCCGGAGGGGCCGGCGGUGGGGGCGGGCAGCGGCGGCCCGGAGGGGGCUGCCCCUGGCCGGACAACGACCCCCGCGGCCCCGCGGGACAAUGAGGGGACGAGGGGGCGCGGUGGAGGCCGGGCUGCAGCGGGGCUUCCCCAGGCUCGCCUCCACCGACAAAGCCCCGCGGCCACCCCAGCCCCGGCCCUACACCGGCCCCGCACCGGCCCCCAGCAGCCCGAGCCCGCGCUCCGCCGGGCCCGCCAUGAUGUCCGCGCACCGCGCCGGGCCGGGUCAGCCCGGGACGGGCCUCCGGGGGCACGGCGGGGCGCUGCCGCCCAGGGCGCCGAGGCAGCGCAGAGCGCCGAGCGGAGCGCGGAGCUACGGCCCGCGCCGGGAGCCCCCCGCGACCGCCUGCCCCGCCGCCCACCCCGGCGUUCCCUCCCCGCCGCCGGGCACGGCCGGUUCCCGCCCACCCGCGCCUACCUGGCCGGCCCGUUCCCCGGGCCCCUACGCGGCACCAGGCCCGGCUCGGCGCCACGGCGUGUCCCGGGCAGCCGGCGGCAGCGAGCGCUCGGCCGCGGCGGCGGCGGCCCCUCCCCCGGCGGCGGCGGCGGCUUCUCCCCGGGCCGGGCGGAAACGGCACUGGGCGCACGGGGAUCCCCUGCGCCGGCGCCAGGGGCGCCCCGGCCACGCCCACCCCGUUCCCCGUUGGCUGCCGCGGCGCCGCGCCCCGCCCCGCCAGGGCGCCCUCCUUCGUCACCGCCCCUCCCGCCCUCCUUCGCUAUUGGCGAUCCGCCCGCGCGGCUCCGCCCACGCCGCAGCCUCAUUGGGCGCUGCACGCCGGCCCCGCCGCUCGUCCCACGGUCGCGGCGCCCCAUUGGCGUGCGGGGCCGCCCGUCAGGCGCGGGGUGGGCGCGCUGCAGGGACGCGAGAGGAAGAGAGUGGAGCCCGGGCGCGGCGGGAUAA